UCCUACAUCUCAAUGUCCAAUUCAUACUGAUAAAGCCUCUGUACAUGAGCUGAAGCUCGAUCUUGAGGGUGUAGAUACGACAACAGCAGAGAGCAAAAGACACGCUGUCCUUCAGUGGAUAAUCAUCAAGCUGGUGUUGCUGCUACAGAAGAUGUCCCACUGAGGCACAACUGUAGCCGUCGGUCGUUGAAAGUCGCGAAUAGUGAGCGUCCAGCUUGUCGUGGUCGAGGCGACGGGCGGAGGCGACGGGCGGAGGUGAGCACGGACGCCGCAAUUGCUCGUUGCAUCGCGACUUGCAGCUUCGCAGACGUCACACGAUGCUUGUCAACAACACGCGCAACGUUUUCGUUGCCGUCUCGAAGCAGCCGUACAUCUGCCGGUCAUGUUUGCGCCGGGCUAAGCAACUGCCAUUGGCCGCGGGACGCCUCCCUGCACGAACCUCUGUCCGUAGCCUCCAGACGGCAAGCCAGCCACCGGCACAAGACGACACGCCCUUUCGCAAGGCUCUCAAAGAUGCCGCAAAACAGCAGAAGAAAGCAGCAAAGAGCGGCAAACGGCCCCAGAAGGUCUUUGAUGCUCGGCUGGAGAAGUGGGAGUUGACAGUGGGCAUCGAGAUACACGCAGAGUUGAACACGGCACGGAAGCUCUUCUCAAGCGCUGCAACGUCUAUCGGCGAGUCGCCGAACACGCACGCCUCUCUCUUCGACACCGCGUUUCCUGGAAGCCAGCCGCACUUCCAGAAAGAAACGCUUCUGCCAGCUCUGCGUGCUGCCCUAGCCUUCGACUGCACAAUACAACCGAGGAGUAGCUUUGACCGCAAGCACUACUUCUACCAAGAUCAGCCCAACGGCUACCAAAUCACUCAGUACUACGAGCCGUUUGCCAAGGAUGGACACAUCACACUGCACGCACAUGACUUCCCUGCUGGCUCUGCGCCAGAAGACUGUCCUAUCAAAAUUGGCAUCAAGCAGGUGCAGAUGGAGCAAGACACGGCCAAGACAGUACAACAGCCGCCUUCAACUCACCUCCUCGAUUUCAACCGUGUGUCGCACCCCCUAAUCGAGAUAAUUACGCUUCCUCAUAUCCACGAUCCACUCGUCGCCGCUGCUUGCGUGCGCAAGAUCCAGACGAUACUCAAGACGGUGGACGCAUGCACGGCAGGUAUGGAGAUGGGUGGAUUGCGUGCAGACGUAAACGUCUCGAUCCGCGAGCGGGGUCGAACCUCAAGCGAGGGCGGACUGUCGUACUCUGGCGUCACUGGUUUGGGACAACGGACUGAGAUCAAAAACCUGGCCAGCGUGAAAGCUGUGGAAGAUGCCAUCAUCGCAGAGCGCGACCGCCAGAUUGAGCUGCUGGAGAGCGGCGGAGCUGUCGAAGGCGAGACCCGCGGCUGGACCGUGGGCAGCAAGAGCACAAAACGACUUCGUGGGAAGGAAGGCGAGAUUGACUAUCGCUACAUGCCCGACCCGGAUAUCUCACCAGUGUUCAUCGCUCAGGACCUUGUCGACAAUCUACGGGCGAACCUACCAGUACUUCCAGACCGGGUUGUCGAUGUUCUGGUGGAGAAGUACGGGCUGUCGACCAAAGAUGCCGGUACACUCCUGUCUUUUGAUAAUGGUGAUCGUCUGGAGUACUUUUUCGAAGUCACCAACCAGCUUGCACGGUCCAGGAACGUCAGACCGAGCGACGUCGAAUUUUCUACUAUUGGCAAGGCCGUAGGUAAUUGGGUUUUGAUGGAGCUCGGCAGUUUGUACAAGGACGAAGAAUGGUCCGAAACACGAGUCCCGCCCGAAGUCCUGGUCACCAUCAUCAACCACCUUCUCGAAAAGCGCAUCACUUCACGGUCCGCUAAAGGGCUUCUUAACAUAAAGUUCGAGGGCGAUGAGCGGCAUGUUGAGCAACUAAUCGAGGACCUCAACCUGGAACUAAGGCCCCUAUCUCCCCGAGAAUACAACGACCUUGCGCAGAGCCUUCUAAAUGAGAAACCGGAUAUGGUCAAGGACAUCGUUGAGAAGGGGCACGAGAAGAAGAUCAAGUGGUUCGUAGGGCAAAUGAUGGCUAGGAGUCCAGAAGGCACUGUUGAGGCGGAUGCUGCGGAGCGCGCGAUCAGGGAGUUUUUACCUAAGAGAAACCUAUAGUGGGUGCUGAAUCUAUUCUCAUCCUUGUCAAAUCGAAGACCGGCCUUCUGUGUGUAUGGUCUGUUAGGGGGCCUUCUUCGAGGGGUCGCACGAGGCGGGCUGUUCAACGGGGACAAGUCUCAAGCAGGGUCCGGGUCGAUGGUAUCUGGGGUGAUUGUCGAUGCGACCGG